GUUUGAAACUUUCACAAAAAUAACAAGCAGAAGAAAAGACAACGAAAUGAAAUUCCUUAUUAUCUUUGCUGCUCUAUUCGUUAUUGCCUUGGCCGCUCCCGCUCAUGAGGAACAUGCUGAAAUUGUAAAACUUGAAUCGGAUGUGGAUCCAGAGGGUUACUCCUUCACUGCUGAGACCAGUGAUGGCACCUCUCGCCAUGAAGAAGGCAAAGUCAAGGAUGCUGGCUCUGAACACCCUGCUUUGGUUGUUCAUGGUACCUUUUCCUGGAAGGAUCAUGUUGAUGGCAAAGUUUACACCGUCAACUAUGUGGCCGAUGAACAUGGUUUCCAACCUACUGGUGAACAUCUUCCUCCUCUACCCCAUGUUGAUCACUAGGCAGAUCGAUAUCAAUAAAUCUUUUUUUUAUAAAUCUAGUCAAAUAAAUUAACGUGCAAUGAGCAUUUAAAA